CGCCCCCGGGCCUGGACCGUCGGAAUUCGGGGUCUGCCAGCUGUGAGGGCCGUUGCCACGUCUGCUGGGCGGGUGAGGGGGGCCGCGCAGCGGGCUGUGCCCUGCCCUGCCCUGCUCUGCUCUGCCCUGGCCGCCGCCGCCGCGGGGAGCCGCGCCGCUAGGCUCGUAGGCGAGGGGUGCGGGAUGGUGGCCCGGCGGCGGUGAGGUGGGCGCCGCGGGGCCCUGGCUGUGGGGCGGUGAUGGCGGCGGCGGCGGCGCUGCUGCGGGCCGCCCUGCUGGGCGCGGCGCUGGGCUGCGCGGCCGCGGCGCUGAUCCCCGCGGCUGACGUGAAGGUGGAGGUGCUGCAGAAGCCGUUCCUCUGUCACAGGAGAACUAAGUGGGGGGACAUGAUGCUGGUUCACUACGAGGGCUACUUGGAGAGGGACGGCUCCAUGUUUCACUCCACUCACAAGCAUAACAAUGGUCAACCUAUGUGGUUUACACUUGGCAUAAGGGAAGCUAUCAAAGGCUGGGACAAAGGUUUGAAGGACAUGUGUGUGGGAGAGAAGCGGAAGCUAACUAUUCCACCAGCCCUUGCUUAUGGAAAAGAAGGGAAAGGAAAAAUUCCACCUGAGAGCACACUGAUUUUCAACAUUGACCUUCUAGAAAUUAGGAAUGGACCAAGGUCUCAUGAGUCAUUCCAAGAGAUGGAUCUUAAUGAUGACUGGAAACUGUCCAAGCAAGAGGUGAAAAUUUACUUGAAGAAGGAAUUUGAAAAGCAUGGAGCAGUGGUAAAUGACACCCAGCAUGAUGCUUUGGUUGAAGAUAUAUUUGAUAAAGAGGAUGAAGACAGUGAUGGGUUUAUAUCUGCAAGAGAAUUUACAUACAAGCAUGAUGAGCUGUAGAAAAGGGUGGCGUAAUUUUUUUUGACACAAACGGCAGUGAGUUAGACUGUCUGGUUCUCUUGUUCUCUUAAUUCUGUGUUUUGGAGUUGGCACCUGGUGUUGGCAAUGAAAUGCUCUUUGUUUAUAUAAAAGAAAAUUUCUGUUCAUUAUGUAAAAAUGUUUUAAACAAUUAUGAAGUAUGAAAAUGUACCUCCUUUUAUGCAGCGAAGACUUGCACAUGAGUGUUUUUUAAAUUCUAUAUUAACUUAUUUUUCCAGAAGUGAAACAAACUUUCCAGUUAUCAAACAUUGUGAAAAUCAUAAUCCAGUUCAGUGCCAUUCUGUGAUUUGUUUGUGUUAAGAUCCCUUUCAGUGACUCCUUUGUGUAUAACUUCUAGUCUGUGUUUUAAUUACUUGACCUUCCUUCUUGUGUGUCACUGCGUAAAAAGCAGUGUGCUGACCUUGCUUUUUUUCCCGCAGAUUUUUAAAAGAUGUACUAGAAGGCAUCAGCAUCUCUUUAUACAGCUGGGAAACUGAUACAAAGCUGAAUGAGAAUAAUGACUAUCCUGUGCUGAUUUUGCUCUUCUAAAGGGAAGGUAUUACCAACCAUGCCAAUAACUGUCUGCAUUUUUCUUUAAAUUAUGUCAACAAAGUAGGAGUUAAAUGUCAGACUUUCACUUUUAAUGUCAGCAGCAUUCUAGGCAAUGCCUGUAAUGUGGAAAAUAGCAAGUUAUGCUGCAGUGCAGAGGUGGUGUCCUUUACGUAUACAUAAUUUGUUUUGAAACUUGGAGUUUGCAUUUAUGAAGAAAAAUCAUACCUUUCUCCUCUCAAGUUUUGAGGGACAUCUUGAGCAAAAUGUUACAAGUCUGAAGUUUUUCCCAUUUGCAGAAGGGGAAGAGCAUUCUGACAGGAGGAUCAGUAUGGCCUGAACAACAAUAUGCAUUGGCUUGCCUGCUUUGCAACUGCCUGAGUUGCAGAACUUGUUUUGUCAUUGCCCCUUUAGAGUAUUUUCACAAGUAGCACACAAGUGAUGUAAAUUUUAAAUAAUAAAGUGACUUUUUAGAAAAAUAGAGGCAUGAGGUAAGUGUUAUGGUGCUGUGUCUUUACAGAGGUGGAGACCAUGAGGAUUUUGACUCCUUUUUGUGUUUGUUUGAACUGUUUCUGGAGCGGAAGAAACAUUUUGCAGUUGUCCAUGGUUUCUUAAAUGAGAGGGCAAGGUAUCUCAGGGAAGGAAUUAGCCUGUGUUCUGGCACCACUAGCAUAUGGGUCUCUGAACACAGUAUUUUACUUGAAAAAUGUUGCUCAAGGCUACGUAGGGACACAAAGGAAAUCCAGUUGUACGAAAUCAAAAUUGCUGCAUCGCAUGAAUCUUAACUAUUGCCAAGUGAGACUACAUUCAAGGUUGUCGAUGCCGUAGAUGAGCUAGCUGUUUUCCCUGCCACCUAGUGUUGCGAGUAAGUAUUAGAAGACUACUUUAUUAAACAGAGUUCAGCUGCAUAUGGACAUUACAGAUUGCUGUCAAUAGUGACUGUUUUGGGGAAAAAAAGUAUGAGUGAAGGUAUGCAGUGGUGGGGUUUUUGUUUUGUUUUUUUUCUUCCAGCAUCUGGCAUUUUGUGGGUGAUGGCCUACGUGAUACAGAAUUGUGGCCACAUAUUUUGUUUUCAGUAACUUUUAGGUCAUUUUCCUCAACGACGCCAUCUAGUUCUCUUGAACCCAUUUAUACUUUUGCUUCCAUAAUGUUCUAUAGCAGUGAGUUUCACAGUAGAACAGUGUAGGAAAAUAUUUCCCUUUUUGUUUUUAGGUUUCUUGCCUGUCCCAGUUCUUGUAUUGUGAGGAAAUAAUGAAUAAUCAUUACCUAUUUAGCUCCUCUUACCAGUCAUGAUUUUGCAUAUUGGCAUUUUUUUCUCAUCGCUUAUGAAAAUUAAGCUUGCCCAACUUCAGCUCUCCCAAGUUUGCUUGCAUGUUCUGUGCUGGGUGUCUUGAUUUCCCCUGCAGUCACCAGAGCACUAGGCAUCUGGGGGCAACUCAUCACAUGUAUAUUGUUCAUGUUGUAUUGGGAUAGAUGCCUUAUCGAAUAGUUUCCUGUCUUUCUCCACUGACUACAUGGGGAGCCUAGGCAGUUAGCAUAGCUGAGGACGGCUAAUGGGAUAUGAAGUUGACCCUUAAGGCAGUCUUGCCUAGGAUGUGGAAACUGGCAGGUACCCAACCAACCAAAGGGAAAAUACUGCAUGUGCACUGCUGGUAAGAGCAGAACUGAGACUUGCAUUGGGGUCUGUCAGGGUUUUAGAUGAUUGUUUGCAGUGUUUAACAUGUUCUCUCCGAACAUCUGGCUGGGGAAUGAAAGCAUGAAAUAAAACUUUGCCCAGAUUACUGACCAAAUAUAUAAAAAGUUAAGCUUAAAUAAUGGGGUGCCAAUAUGUGCCUUCAGUAAUGGCCAAAUGUUGUUUCCUUUGUAUUAAAGAGGAGUUUGGAGUCAGUGAAUGCUGUGAAAUAUACAUACGUGUUAUCUUCUGCUUGGAUUUUUAAAGCAUUUCAUAAAAAUAACUUCCAGUGAACAUGUAGUUAAUUUGUUAAUGCCAGCAGAGUAUUAAAGCUGCAGGACCAAGAUGCUUUAUUUGGUGCUGUGUGUAGGUUUAUGCCAGAUGAGUGGAUGGUUUUUGUUCUUAGUGCUUUUCUUGGUAGCUCUGUUAAAUUUCUAAAAUUGAACUGAAAAAAAAUUUUCAAAAGUGCAGAAUCAGCAGCAGAUUUGAGAAGCCAUUUCAACCUUAUUACCGUUUGCUAUCGUUAAAGUCCUUCUGUGAAGAUGAAGGGAUUUCUUAGGUAGAAAUAGCACUGCCUGUCUUAACCUCAGUUGCAUCUGCUUGUUAAUCCACAGGGCAUACUGCUGCAGUGCCAGCAGGAGCCAGCUAGCUACCUGCAGGAGAGCAGAGGCAGGCAGCUGCCUGUUCCCCGAGGGGAGAAGGAAUAUUGGAACUUCAGUGGCACUCGGCAACGUUUUGGCGGGCUUGCAUGUGAAGUGCAAGGUGUAUUUCCCCUGAAGAAACAAACCCUCGCUGCGUGUCUGUAGAACGCAGGACUUCUUCAAGUGGAGAGGGCUCAAAACAGACCACUUUCCUCCUGCAGGUUAUAGCCUUCUUCACACGUUUCUUGUUGUUUUGUGGUUACAUAGGAAAAUAUGUACUGAUGGUUUUUAGAACUGCAGCCUGUCAUUCACAGCCACUACCUAGCAAUUACAGUGGGGGUUGCUGCCUUCUGAAGGUACAGAAGCAGCCUUCAGAGCUCAUUUUAUUUGAAAAUUCUCAAUAUGCAAUGCAAUGACACAAGAAGGCUUCUGGCAAAGCUUUAGGAAUGGUGCUUAUAGUCUGAAAUGGUUUUUAAAGGUUUCUUCUUUGAGAUCAACUGACAAGGCAAACAGUGUUGAAAAUGAAGGAAUCACUUUAUCAGGUCUUAAGUCUUUGCUUUUCAGUACCGUAUGUCUCUGCUGCCAGCAACAUCCCCAGUAUAGAGGUGUUUUGUGAGUGCUAUAUGUGACAGUCAUAAAAUUGCAGUGUUAAGUACAUAUUGAAGAAACUGCUACCAUAGUUUCUUCUUCAUGACAUUUAGAAUUAAAAUGAUCCAUAGCAUGUUUCCCAAGUACUUCAGUGUAAUAAUAGGUGGUAGAGGUCAGCCUUUAAAUUACAAUUGUCUUUGUCGUAUGUGCUCCCCACACCCCAUCACUUCUGCUGUUAGAUACGAGGUGGUCUAUCCCUUGAUCCAGAAAUCCCAGAUUCAGAUGGCAGGAUGGGGAGAGCUCAUUGCUUUGGGACAUUACGGGAAAAGGAGCAAAGUGAGGGGAAAUGUGGUAAGAGGGAGUGGAAGUACGCAGGGUGAUGCAAGAAAUGCAAAAAAUUGUGUUUCCUAGAUCCUUUGGCAUCUGCUAACUUGGAAGAAAGAACACUGGCAGCCACUGAUGUAGGUACUGCAAAUAAUAAGGCUGGCUCCUGAGCUGACUUUCAUUAGGAAUCACUGCUUCGUCCAGUUUCUAUAUGGAUUUUUACUCUUAUGACAAAGUUUAAAUUUACACUUCCAAGGUCCAUUAAAGAAUAUUCAGAAUAAGUAUGUUGAGUUUGCUUCUUAAAAAUACAUUGGCCUCAUCAUAGAGCUUUUGCAAAAAGACCCACAAAAACCCCAAACCCCACCACCCCAAAACCCUUCAUUUGUCUUCAACAUUGAAUUGUUUUUGGUAACAGGAAAUAAGCCAAACAAAAACUGCUUAUAUUUGUAUAAUCCUGGAUAAUUUUAGCCUCUCUUGAAAGUUAAUCGUAAUGCUUACAUUCUGUGCCCUAGUUUUUUCCUGGUAUGUAGGAAAAACAACUCUCUGACAAAAUAAGGAUCUUUCUUUAGCUAUCUUGCUUCUGUUUUCAUGCUUGUGCUUGAUUACGUCGAUAGUUUCACACAGGAAAUUUAAUUGAAAAGCUGAGUAGGAAGCUAUAUAUCUGUAUAUACAGGGACAAGAACCUUCACUAUGAGCUCUCCCAGCCUGGAGGGGAUUUAGAUGAAGCCUCCUCCUGCAUCACAUUUCUUCCGUCUAGGAGGUUCUGUUCCAAAACCAGGCUGGUUUAGCUAGGGGUUGCACCAGUUAGGAGCUGUGUGGUAUUUCUGUUCUCUUGGGUGAUGUAAAAAAAGUAGGAGCUUGGUUUAGCUGAGAAAUUUACCAUGAAGAUAGAGGAUAGUUUGCAACAUGUCAGGUAAGGAAUUUUGUGCAAGGUUUCUGAAGGUCAUGUUCCUGAUGGAGGGCAGGAGUUUGUCCACAGGGAUUGGGUUUUUUUGGUUUUUUGGUUUGGGUUUUUUUUUUUUGGCUUAUAACUGCUCUGCAUCUCCAUUAGGUAAACAAUGAACAAACCUACUUUUAAAAUACUAGGAUCUGACUGCAGAAAUCUAGUGGAGCCAACUCUUCAGAGCUCCCCAAAUCCCAGCUAUGUUUUCCUCUAAAAAAUCUGAGGCUGAUGCUAACUACCAUUAAGAGCUGCUCUUCAUAUUAGAUACAAUGCUUCUGAUUUCUAGUUUGUGUCAUGACCUGCUUAAGGAGAUUAAAUGACAUAGGAUAAUUGAUUCCUCAUCUGGGAGUCAAGACUGAAAGCAUUAAAUCAAUCCUGUCCUCUUACAUUUAUUGCCAUUGAAAUUUCUUUAAAGCUGUUGCCUCUUCUGUCUCUUUCCCUGAAUAGUGAACUAGGUAAUACCUAUUCCUUUUGCGUGCUUGGUCUGCUGUCUCUCUGGGAGUAAACAGCACAGCUUAGCUCUGGUCUCUCUAAUCCACUGUGAUAUGCCUUUAGAGAAUGGGGUUUCAUUCCAUAAAUACAAUGCAAAAUGUUUUUUGUGACCUUGUGUCCAUGUCUGGGUACGGAAUCUAUAGGGCUAUAGCUAAUGGACUAACUGCAGCUUCAAGAAAAUUGUGACCUGUUGGAUUUGACUCUUAGUAACACUGACCACAAUACUAAGAGAGGUAAGACUGGCAAUGUUCCUUCCUUUUAACAGAAGGUAAGAGUUUCAUUUGCAUCCAGUAUUUCAGCCCUUAUGUGCUGUCGUGUCCUUGCUGCUAUUGUCACUAUUAUUAGUUGGAUGAAAACCUGGGCUUAAUGUGUUCACACGGACAUCGCAAUGUAGACUUGCACUCUGAAAUAAUUCAGUGCUCUGCCUUUGCAAAACUGAGUCUGAAGCAAAGCUCCCAGACACGUGGCGCUCACCUUGCAGCUGACAAAUGAGCACGAACUGCAAUGGGAGCAGGUAUGGAGCAGAAACGGCCAAUGCUGCUAUUCAUUUGGUACCAGAUCCUGAUGUUGCUAACCUGAGCCAAGUCCAGGUCGCCACAGCACCCUUUCUAAACAGCCAGAACCAGCCAUUCACACAGUGGUGGGGCUGUGUGAAGGCAGGCUGGUGAGGUGGGCUCUAGGACACCAAUUAAUGCGGUCUGUCAGACCUCCGCAGGCUCUGAACCUUUACACCUUGCUUCUGGAGCAGGCAACUGCCGGAGGGCAACACCGGCAUGUGUCGGUGCCUCUGGACAGAGGAGAGCAGCACCAGCCAGGCUCCUGCUGUCACACCACUGCCUGGGGGUAAAGCAGGCUUGGAGAAAACACCAGGGGCCCUUGCACCAGGGGGAAAUAGCAGAGAAAAUAGGCAGGGGGAUAGCUCUCCGAACCAUCUGGUUUUUCUUGGCUGAUAACCACAACAAAUAUAAGGAAGUUUAAAAACUCCUGGGUAAUUUAUUGUUGAGAUUUCUUUAUUCAAAUAUGUACGUAAGGAAUAACACGCAACCAGCACGAAACUUACAAUACAGUUUGAGGUUUGUUAUUUUUCCCAUUUCCUGUUAACUACAAUUUUCCAUUUGUACAUGGUGGACAAGGCCAUUUAUGUAAAUGUGGGCUCUUUAUGACAGAGAUACUCAGUUGUGGACAUUUUUAAAAAUACAUUUUUCCUAUCCUUUUGGAAGUACAGGAGCCAAACGGACUUCUUUAUUUUAUUUUAGUUUGAAGUGUUUCUGUCAUCAGAGGUCACUGCAGCUACCUGCCACUUCCAUGAAUAAGGAAAAUGACUUAAUCAUUGAAGGGGUUUUUUGGAGUCAGGACUCAAAGUUAUAUUUUAAAAAAAAAACCCAAACCCAAAAAACUGGCCAAGUUUUAAGUCUCCUGAAAAGCAGAAUAAUGGAAAAUGCUGCAGCAAAAACAUCUGUAGCCUAGGAAGGACAUGCCACUGCUCACAGCCCCCAGUGUAUGAUGUGUAUGGGAGGAGAAAAAAGGUUGCUGACACAUGCAUAACUUUUUAAGUGUACUCAGCAGACCUGUUGCUGUGGUAACUAAUCAGAAGACUGUAACCUCCCCUGAAUGAGUACUAUUUGCACUGCACCAGAUGGCUGAUAAAUCACGUAGUGGCAUUUUCUGUCCCUUGUGUUACUGUCCAAUCUUUUGUCUAAGUGCUGUGAUUUAAUUUGCAGCAAUUUACACAUAGAUUAUUCAGACAUGACACACUAACAUAAAAUACAAAGCUGCUUCAGAUACGCAGUCAUUUUAAUGAACUCCUGUAUCGCCUAUAUAACACCAGAACUGGUUUUUGUCUUACAUAUUGAUGUUCAAGCUGUUGCAAUUUUAUGAAUAAUGCUAAGCUGAGAAAAACUAUGCUUGAAUUUUAAUAUAAUAAGGGUAACAAUAUAGCACAUAGUUACUAUAGCACAUUUCUUGCAGAGGGAAGUGGCAUGCCUUUUCUAGUUCAUCGGUCUGCUACAAGCAUUUCUGUACAGGCAGCAUCACAACAAUGGAAGCAUACAUGAAGAUUAAAAAGGAUCAUUGCAUAAGAAAGUAAUGCUGUUGUCUCUGUAUUUUCUGCUUCUUUGUUGUCAUUACUGGCUUAUCUUCUCAGGAUGACUGAGUUCCUUCUUCCACCCGCCUUGACUGUUUAUGAGUCUUAAGCUAUUGUCAAGUGUUUUAGCCUCAUUGUUACAGGUGCUGUUCUAACACACUAAAAAACCUCCAGGCUCACAGAAUUUAUAAGCCGAUAAUAAUAAACGUGUCUUGUGAUACCUUUUAGAGUUAUGAAAAUAAGUAUGCUGUCACAGGUUACUGUAAAGUAAAACAAGGAAAACUACAAAAUUUAUGAAAACUACGCAAGAGACUGAUGCUUUUUUGACAAAUCAUUACUCCAGAAGAAGGCAACCUUUCUAAAAGGGCAAUGGAGCAGCUUAGUUGUGUGGUUCAGCGCUGAUAGGUUUCUAGGCACCGAGGGUAACUGCAGUAUGCCCAGAGUCCUUGCAGCACAGUCUUCUGUCCCUGUGACACGGACUAAGCAGUUGUGUUCUGUUCUGUCCUGUCACUUGUGCAAUGGAGAAAUUAGUCACCUUCUGUGGCACAUGAGUAAGAGCUCGGCAUCUGAGCCUGCCAUUGUGCCUACAAUGACAUCUUAUGUACAGCUGCAACCAUUUCCAUAGAUUAAUCUUCAAUGGUAUAAUUGGAUAAAGGGUCUGCAGCCAGGAUUUCUCUAACUUUUUCAUUUUGAACAUUCACUGAGCCCAGCAGGUAACACCUUUACUUCACCUCAAAAUAUUGUACCUGCCACCCUCGUUCUUUGUUAUGGGCAGAGCCACCUUUAGUGUGGGAGAAGUACUCCCAACUCUGCUCCAGUCUCCUCACUAUAGAAAAAACCCAAAACACCCAAGUACCACUGAUACUUUUUGCUCUUCAGAUUUGUUCUACGACAUCAGUUGAAUUUACUGGCCUACGGUGUAACUAUUAUCUUAGGGUCUCACAGGGUUUUUCAAUGUUACUAAUUCUUCUGUAAGAAGUUUUUUUGUUCCUAUAACUCAAGAGGAAUCAUCUAUGUUUAGUGGGAUGCCUUUAUGGGUACAGGCUUAGAAUUCUGACUUAGCAGUGACCAGGUACAUUUGUUCCAUACAACCCGAGUUCAUCUGAUUUUUAGAUACUCCAAAUCAGUGCUCCACCAGAGAGAACAAGAAUAAGAUGGUGGCUUGAAAUAACAAAAAUGAAUACCAACAAAAGGGCUUUCUUGGCUGCACUACCCUCUCACCACAUCUAGCACAGUACAUUUUUUUAGUAUAAUUUCAACACUUAGAUGGACUUUUUUGCUGUCUGCAUUAAGCCAACUUCUCUCCUUCUAAACACUGUUUGCUGAGAAAAUUAGUUCUAUCGGUUGUAUGCCUGCAUGGCUGCUGUCUUGAACUUGCAGAGGAAAGUAUUUUGGAAAUGAUGAAUCAAAGAUUAGUGCUGCAGUGUCCUGAGGAUUUUUGGGUACUAGUUCUGCUGAAUACAGUUUGAUCUCCAACUAAGGAGGUGUUUAAAGAAGAACAAAAAUAAACUGUAACUUAAACUCUA